AUGAGUGAUCAGAACAAGAGUGGUCUUCGGCUUCAUUGGAAGUCGCUGGCGGCUUGCUCGUUGAUCUCCAUGUCGCCAUUCCAAUAUGGAGUCGAUUACACUCUCAUCGGAGGCUUCCAGGCUAUGGUUGGGUUCUUAAAGGUUUUCGGAUACAAAGACUCCGGCAGCUCUACAGGAUGGAACAUUUCCUCCGAGCGCCAGCAGCUCAUUUCUUCUCUGAUGGUGCUGGGUGCUUUCAUUGGAUCAUGCUCUGCAGGACCUCUGGCAACCUUGCUCGGACGCAAGACCACUCUUCAGAUUGCCGUGAUCUUAAUCUACGUUUCCAAUGUCGUGAUGAUGACCACAGACACCAUUGGAGGCCUUUACGCUGGCCGUUUGAUCAUUGGAGUCGGAAAUGGGUUUCUCAUGACCUUUUCCCAGCUAUACAUCCAGGAAUGCUCACCGGCACGUUACAGAGGUCUUAUGCUAGGCUGGUUCCAAUUCUGGACAUCGUUUGGCUCUCUCGUUGGCACCAUCGUUGAUAAUUUCACGGAGAAGUCAACAGGAAAGGAUAGCUAUAUCAUACCCCUUGGCCUCAUAUUUAUCAUCCCGGCAAUCUUGGUCAUUGGCAUGUUUUUCAUUCCAGAAUCGCCCAGAUGGCUGCUCCAACGUGACGAGGUUGAAAAGGCUCGAAAAGCAUUGGUUUGGCUGAGACCCGACCAGGAGACUGUCGAGCAGGAGAUGGGAGAAAUCCAACAUGCUAUUGAGUUGGAGCGUGGUUUGGCGAGUGGAACCUCGGUCUGGGACAUGUUCACCAAUCCCAUUGAUCGUCGCCGAACGAUUCUAGCUGUCGGUGCUGUCACCACCCAGGCUGCUUCUGGUGCGAUGUUCAUGAUCGCUUAUGGAACCUAUUUCUUCGAGAUGGCCGGCGUUGGAGAUGCCUUUGAGAACAGUUGCAUUCUAACUGCAGUUGGAGUUGUGGCCAUUCUUCUCAAUAUUGCUGUCAUCACCCAUAUUGGUCGUCGACGACUGUUCCUGGUAACGGGUCUUAUACUAUGCGGAUUCAGUCAGCUGGUAGUUGCUAUCGUAUACACAGUCAAACCAGGAACGUCGGGCUCAGGCAAAGCGAUUGUCGCAUUGUCUGUUAUCUUUAUCUGUGCUUAUAAUGGAAUGGUAUCGACAUAUGCUUGGGUUUCGGGCGGAGAGCUGCCAUCCCAGCGUCUUCGAUCUUAUACAUUUGGUCUCGCGGCUGCUAUUGGAUUUUUGGGAGCUGUCACUCACCAGUGGCUCACCACAUUCACUGCUCCUUAUUUCAUCAACGUCGCAUCGUUGAACUGGGGUCCCAAAUACGGUUACAUUUGGUUUCCGUCUUGUCUGAUCGCUGCCGCCUUCAUUUACCUCUAUCUCCCUGAAGUGAAGGGGCGCACUUUGGAGGAAAUUGAUGAGAUGUUUGAGCAGCGAGUUCCAGCUCGCAAGUUUGCAUCCUACAAAUGUGUCGGCUCAGCAGCCCUCGAAGCAAGACGCAAGAACUCGGCCACCACCCUUGAGGAUACGAAGAAGCCAAGGGACUCUGGUGACUCAGAGAAGGCCGCUGUGGAGACUAUUGAGAACAAAGAUUGA